AUGAAAGAAAUGGAGCACAGGGAAGAGUGCUAAUGGAGGCAGAGGCAAUCAAUGGCGGAGGAAGGGCUCGAAUUCCACCGCAAUUUCUGCAUUUAUUUCUCUUCUACCGAUUCAUUCAUCCGCAUUUACUCCUCUUCUGCAGCUAAGCUCAAUUAAUUUCAAUUUCAAUUACUUCCCCAACUAGAAUCCCUGUAGCAGUGGCGCCAUGACAACGAACGCACAUGAUUUUUCAGCUAAAUUAUGCUAUUUUAUUUGAUUUCCAUAUGCUUCGAUCGCCUAUUUAAUUUAUGAUGUUGUAUUAUGGUUGUAUGUAUGCUUGCAUUUGGGGAUUGUGCCAAUUUCUGCCUUGUUAUCUCCGCGGAUUUUCUGGUCGAUUUUAGGGCUUUUUGAAUUUUAGAAACGGAGACGAAACUCUGCUGCUGAGGACUUUUGCUUUGAAAUACUUGUGGAUUUUGUUGCUUUGAGAGAAAAUUGAAACCAGCUACUGUGAUAAUGAGGAGUUUUGGCGUCUUGUUCAUGUUGUUGUUGAUGGUGAUGGGGGCAGCUGCCUUUUUGUACCUUAGCUCUCCGAGCAAAGAAGGAACUAUCAUCAAUCCAGGUAUGGUUUCAAUAGGCCGCGUGAAGGCUAUGGCUUUGACGAUAAAAAGAAGGAAGGUUAAGCAGCAAGACAUGGAUCAUCCUAGCAAAGCUGCAGACGUUGAGGGCAAUGUUCACUUGGAAGACUACCGCCCUAUUGAUCCAAUUCCAAGCUCGACAGCUUCCAUAAGACCCGGUCCGAUCCAGCACGGCACUCCUCUGAUGCCUUACAUGCCGGGGCCUUCUCCUCCUCCCAGUGAAGCGAAGCGUGGUGAGUUUCCUUAAAGUGAUGAAGCAUGUAGUAGCAUAUUCUGUUCCUAGGUGGAUAAUUAGGUUAUGUUUUUUGGAUAUUAGUUUUGUAUAACACUUUGGUGUAGACUGUAGAGGAUCAUCAUCUUGUACGAAUCCUUGUAUAGUGAAAGUUUGUUUCACACUUUAA